AUGCUACGAUUUGGCCUCCAACAUGGCGCUCGCCGGCUUCUCACAACCUCUGCAACCCGAUCGAAACAAGUUGAUCUGGUAUGCCCAAUCUGUUUCGACUUUGGCUUUUCGCAAACUGCAUUCCGUGGUAGCGUGGAAGAUGAUGCUUCAGAAACUGCCAAGUCGAGGCCAUCCAGUCCCAAAAGCGAGCAUAGUGACAAUGGCAACGCCAAAGCUAUACCGGGGAGCCCUCCUAAGCCGACAACUCCAGAAGCACCUCAGAACAGCUCGAUGAGGAGUAAAAUACGAUCUUCAAUGAAUUUGCUCACCAACUCCGAGACUAUGAAACAUAAAUAUGAGAAUAAAAUCGAGGCAAUUUAUACGAUGCCGAUUGAUAACGACAUAGUCGAUGCUAGAGUAUACGACCUUCUCGAGGGCCAAGAGCCAAAUUUCCAGGAGGGUGGACAUGAAGAGGCACAAUCCUUUGUCAAAGCGGAGCUCAUCAAGAACAAGUCUAUUCCAUUCAAAUACUGGCUUGAGCAACCUUGUCCUUCACAUCGCAAUACUGGAGACCAGGUUGCACCUUGUGUGACCUUGAGGCGUGGCCUCCACGACUAUAUGAUGGAAACUAGCCCGGGAUAUGCGCAGCGGCAGGAGUUGAUGCGCGAACUGGGAUUCGUAACUACAGGAGGAAGUUCGGCUUCUCAGUGUCUUCGAAUUGGUCACUUGGGUGCUGGCGAGCUACCAGCGCAUGCGUGGGGUGUAGAGAGCUUUCUCAAAACAGGUAUGAAGCUGGAAAUGACGAAUGCUUCAAAAGCGGAUAGCUUACCAAUAUAUCGUGGACUAACAGUAUUUGAGCGAACAGUGCCAUCCGGAAAUACCGCAUCUGAUGAAGCUUUUCAAAAGGCUACGAAUUGGUUCCGUGAAUGCAACGACACCCAUGAAGAUUGCUUGGCGGGAGAGAUCUUAGAGAUGCCUGACCGAGUUCUCGACAUCGCCGCUGAAGACACUGCGUCCGGUGUCAAGUUGAUUCAAACGAACGGCAAAAAGGCUAGAUACGCCUGCUUAAGCCAUCGGUGGGGGAAGGAAACAUCUCAAGCCACGAAGCAAAACGUCGAAUCACUGUACAACGAAGUACCGUGGGACUACCUCUCGCCUACUUAUCAAGACUCUAUAACAUUUCUGAGAAAAUUCUCAAAAUGGCACCAAGACCAAUACGGGGAGGAGAUACGCUAUAUAUGGAUCGACAGCUUGUGCAUUAUACAAGACUCCAAGAGCGAUUGGAAGAAACAUUCUCUCAAAAUGAGCGACAUAUAUUCCAACUCCUCUAUCACCCUAGUAGAGAGCCAUGGACUUCACACUGAGAAAAGAUUGUUCCAAGACUCUACUGCUAGGCGGGGCUCAAAGUCGUCUGUCUCUAUCCAAGACGCAGAAGUCUGGAAGAGAGCAUGGGUAUUUCAAGAACGCCUUUUGUCGCGCCGCCUUCUCAUUUUUGGGCCCGAUGAGCUUUCAUGGCAAUGUGCAAGCCACCACAAAUGCGAAUGUGGCCUCGAGGAACUCGAAACACAAAGUGAUAAACUCAUGAAAGAAUGGGAGGAUGACAUUCACAUUCCACUGCAUUCGGCAACCUGGAGACUCGUUGUUGAGGAAUAUUCGCGACUUGACUACACAUACCGCAGCGAUACCCUCUUUGCCAUAGCAGGUCUUGCAAAGAACUUUAAUGCAAGAUUGGGCGGUAAGAAGUACUUCGCUGGCAUUUGGUACAAUGAAUAUGAUGAACUGCAAGGAAGUGAAGAGGCCGCAGACUGGGAACCUCAAGCAGAAACAGCUCUGGAUCUGUUAUGGAGGCUCGCCUAUUUUAAAGAUGCAGAGAGAGAGGAUCUUCCCGAACCCGCGGUCCCUAUAUCAUGGAGCUGGGCAUACCCCGAAUGCGAAAUCGUCUACCCGUUUCAUGACGAUGAAGUGAUCAAUCAGUAUACUCUGGUGGCAUCAAUAGGAGGCGCUAUGAAUGUUCCUAAACUGCCAGACGAUCACGAUCAGCCGCGAAAUUGGGUGAUGGAUGACAUGUAUACAGAGGUGCCUCCAUCUGCAAUCAUUCUCGCUGGUCCUCUUUGGAAGACGGAGGUUACUGCGGCGCCGCAUCUCUUUACCAUUCAAGAUACCGAGUAUCCAGAGUACACUUACUUCUUGGGAGCCAUGUCGGCCGAGAUUCUUCAAGAGAGCGCCGUCGGAAGACAGAUUCGCCAAACAAGACUUAUUGUCACACCCCCCAAGGAUGAGGGCGAGAGCAAUGAAUCUGCGGUCAACAAGAUGCCGCAACUUGUCUUUUACCCAGACAGUACGAAAACCGUCAUCACUGAAUCGUUUUACUGUCUGCCGAUGGCAAGUUUUAAGCGCCUGCCUAUCAAGGCCACUGUAAAGGAAAAGGUCGUAUUUGCCGCCUUGGUACUGGAGCCUGUGGGGCACAAGGCAAAUACUGAGGGCUACGAUCCGGAUUUAUCGCAUAGAGAUCCUUCGGAAUUGGUCUUUCGGAGAGUUGGAUUGGCGUAUACGACGGAUGGGGGCUGGAGAGAGGAGCAUGAUAAGAUGCUGGAAAAGAUGCCCGCCAAUAUUGUGUACAUAGUUCAGUGA